CGAGUAUGAUAGGGCUUAGCACUGUGAUGCGUUGAUGAGAUUAAAAGAGUGAUAAGAGAGAUGAGCAAUAUAAAAAGCGCAUGAAACCGCUGAAGGAAAACAUCACACGAUGGCAUUACUUCAAUUAUUAUUUCUUAUAAGUACGUUCAUCGCUAUUGGUGAAGGUACAAUCCCUAAUAAUAUACGACACGAAGUUAGAAAAUUCCCUGAUAAAUUCCUUUUCGGUACAGCCACCGCAUCUUAUCAGGUCGAAGGAGCAUGGGAUGAAGAUGGAAAAUCCGAGAAUAUAUGGGAUCAUUUAACACAUGAGAAACCAUUUUACGUCCUGGACUGUUCAAAUGGCGACAUCGCUGACGAUUCUUAUCACUUAUAUAAAAGAGACGUGGAGAUGAUGCGGGAGCUGGGCUUAGACUUUUACAGAUUCUCACUGUCAUGGACCAGAAUUUUACCAACAAGUUUUCCAGACAAAAUAAAUGAAGCAGGAGUUCAAUAUUAUAAUAAUUUGAUUGAUGAAAUGCUCAAGUACAAUAUCAAACCAAUGGUUACGUUGUAUCAUUGGGAUUUGCCACAAAAACUGCAGGAAAUGGGUGGAUGGGCCAACCCUAACAUUGUUGACUGGUAUUCAGACUACGCACGUGUCGCUUUCGAAUUAUUUGGUGAUAGAGUUAAGGAUUGGAUCACUAUAAAUGAGCCUCACCAAAUUUGCUACAAUGGCUAUGGGGACUACAAACUAGCCCCGAUUUUGAACAUUAGGGGUAUGGCAGAUUAUUUGUGUGCGAAAAACUUGUUGCUAGCUCAUGCAAAAGCAUAUCACAUCUAUGACGAAGAGUUCCGACCGACUCAGGGUGGCUCGAUUUUUAUUUCUCUCAGCGCGCAGUGGUACGAUGCGGAGCAUGAAGAAUUUGCAGUCGCUGCUCAAGAAGCUAACGACUUCUUUUGGGCUGUUUACUCGCAUCCUAUCUUUUCUACUAUCGGUGACUUUCCAAAAUCUGUAAAAGUAGCCGUAGCUAAAAAGAGUAUUCAACAAGGUUAUCCAAGAUCAAGGCUGCCCGAAUUUACCGACGAAGAAAUUGCCUACGUUCGAGGCUCGUCAGAUUAUUUCGGUCUUAAUCAUUACUCGACUUUAUAUGUGUACCGGAAUGAAUCUAGCUUAAACUAUUAUGAAUCACCAUCAUUUGAUGACGACCAUGGAGUUAUUACUUAUACAUACGAUGAAUGGAGGAUUGGCGAAUCAACAAAAACGAAUUUGGUUCCAUGGGGUUUCACCAAAUUAUUAGCAAAAAUAAGAGAAGAUUAUGAAAAUCCUCCAGUUAUAAUCACAGAAAACGGGUUCGCCACACACGGAGGACUGAACGAUGAAGACCGCGUCACCUAUUACAAACAUUACAUCAGCGCUAUGCUGGAUGCCAUAGAAGAAGGAUCAGACGUCCGAAGCUAUACAGCGUGGAGUCUUAUGGACAACUUCGAAUGGACUGCUGGUUACACUGAGCGCUACGGUCUGUACGAGGUUGACUAUGAGAGCGCGGAACGCACACGCACGCCGCGCAAGUCCGCCUUCGUGUACAAGCAGAUUCUACGCACGCGGGAGCUCGACAUGCACUACGAGCCCAACACCGACGUUAUGACCAUCGACGAGGGACACUGGCUCUUUGUCUUCGUAAAUGCGGUGUUUGCUGAUAGUAAGUAUUACAAUAGUCGGAGCACAAGAAAGUUUCCUGUUGGGUUUCGCUUCGGCACCGCGACUGCCGCUUAUCAGAUCGAAGGAGCCUGGAACGUAGAUGGAAAAACCGAAAGUAUUUGGGAUUACCUGACACAUACAAACGCCAGUGCGAUCAGAGAUCGUUCAAAUGGUGACAUUGCUGCUAAUUCCUACUACUUGUACAAGAGAGACGUGGAAAUGAUGCGAGAGUUAGGCCUGGACUAUUACAGAUUUUCACUUUCCUGGCCUCGCAUCUUACCCACGGCAUUUCCGGAUAAUGUUAACGACGCUGGAGUGAAAUACUACAAUAAUUUAAUAGACGAAAUGCUUAAAUAUAAUAUAGAACCCAUCGUCACAAUCUAUCAUUGGGACCUUCCGCAGAAAUUGCAAAAGAUGGGUGGCUGGUCGAAUCCAUACAUAAUCGACUGGUAUUCAGAUUUCGCGCGCGUCUGUUUCAAACUGUUUGGACAUAAGGUUAAAAAAUGGAUCACUAUAAACGAGCCGGCACAAAUUUGUGACUUCGGUUACGGCAGAGACCUGUUGGCGCCGAUGCUUCAGAUCUCAGGAGUGGCCGAUUACCUUUGUGCCAGGAAUUUACUGCUGGCACAUGCCAAAGCGUAUCACAUAUACGAUAAAGAGUUUCGACCCAAGCAGAACGGCGCUAUAUUCAUUUCAUUGAGCGCUCAGUUUUAUUCAUACGAGUUUGAAAAAUACAAAGAAGCCGCUCUAGAAGCUAAUGACUUUAAUUGGGCAAUAUAUUCCCAUCCAAUUUUUUCUAAAACUGGCGACUUUCCACCUUCUAUGAAAAAGCGAGUGGCACAGAAGAGCGCUGAACAAGGCUUCUUUAGAUCCAGGCUUCCCGAAUUGAGCCCUAAAGAAAUCGCUUUCAUCAAAGGCACUUCAGAUUAUUUUGGUCUAAAUCAUUAUUUCUCGUUCUACGUCUACAGAAAUGAAUCAGUGAAUGGUAUGUUUGCGUCCCCUUCCACCGACGACGAUCUUGGAGCUGCUACUUAUUUCGGGGAGGCUUGGCAAAUAGGAGAAUCUAAUGCGACUAAGUUCGUGCCAAAAGGAUUCUAUUAUCUUUUGACGAAGAUAAGAAAUGACUACCACAAUCCUCCAGUACUUGUGACAGAAAAUGGAUUCGCGACGCGCGGCGGCUUGCAGGACGACGACCGCGUCACUUACUACCGUCACUACAUCUCCGCCAUGCUGGAUGCCAUCGCUGAAGGUUCUGACAUACGCGCCUACACCGCUUGGAGCAUGAUGGACAACUUUGAAUGGGCAGCUGGUUAUACGGAGCGUUUUGGUCUUUACGAGGUGGAUUUCUCUAGUCCAAAUCGCACACGCACACCACGCAAAUCAGCCUUCGUCUACAAACAAAUCGUGCGUACUCACGAGCUCGACUGGAACUAUGAACCUGAAACUUACGUCAUGACUAUAGAUAAGGGACAUUGACUGGCAUACUGCAAAACUAUUAAAUAUGUACUGAUUUUUUUUAAUUUGUGUAAUAAAUUCUGAAGUUAU